AUGUCUAAAUUUUGGUACAAGUUUGCAGCUAGACAGAUGCUCAAAUGGGCUGUUCUCCACUUCUCAGUAUCGGAUGGGGGCUUUGCUCCCCUGGGAGCAUGCUGCUUUCAAGAAAGACAAAGCGGGGAUUAUGUGUUGAGGGCUAUACCUGAUUGGAAGGUGCCCGUCAUGGAAGCAAUCCUGUUGAAGGUGCCGAAGCUGGGCCACGUACUUAAGGGUGACUGGGCUCGACUCUUCGUAGUCACCGCAAUGCAGGCUUCGUCAAUCGCCUCCAUUGGGCGUCCCUCAAUGCCUUUCACAAUCACUGUGAGCGUGACUCCGGCUGACCCUGGGCCCGACUCCCCUGCCAUCGGCGCUGAGCGCAACCGCGAUCGGGCGGCUCCCCCACCUCCUCUUCCUGCUGCUCAUAGCCGGCCCAUCCCAUUCGCCUACGACACCUCGACACAGCAAACUCCGAUGGCUUCCCGCCAGCCCCUCCCGGUUCCCCCAUCCCACUCCUACCAGCCCAGGUAUGGGCCCCCCGGCACCUCGCCGCUCGGUCAACCACUGCCUCUUGAACCCGUGAGUCGACGUAGUUCCCCGACUGGCUCCGACGACGAGCGGCCCUAUGGCCAUUGUUGUGUAUACGGUAGAGUGAUCCUCUUGCUCGAGGACCUUCAAGAAUCUGUCGUCGACCUCCGGGACCGCGCCACCUAUGUGUACACUCAGAUUGAUGGGUUCAAGGACGAAUAUGAGCUGGCCUCUCGUGGUGGGUUCCACCAUAUUGGUCCUGCGGAUUUCAUCCCCGUCGCUGAUACCUUUGCAUACAGCCCUUCGACAAACCGAGGGCCUUAUCCAGACAUUGGCUUCGCACGCUCAGCCACCCGUCCCCCCAUGUCCCCCACCACAACAAACUCAUCUGGAUGCACCCACUGGUCCACUGGAUUCCCGAAGACUUACGCGUCAGCACCCACCCCUUCUGCUGCCAUCCCAGAAAGCUCUUCCACGGAGGUCCCGUCGACCGGAGAUGCGGCUGCUGGGCGCGCUUGUGGGGUCCCGGUCCCGCCAGCCUCAGAGACGUUCGGCACGUCUGUCUCGGAUCCCGCUCAGGCCUCCCACGUGGCCUCUUCCUCAACUUCAACGCACUCGGCGUCUCUGGUGUUGCCCAUCUCUGACACAUCGGGGUCAGCGAACUUGAUGGCGGCACAGACGGUUGCGUCGGCGUUGGAGCCGGGCGUCGGCCAGGGGUCUGGUUCACGGCUCUCGCCGUCCUCCUUUCCACGUCUCCCCGGCAUCUCGCGCUACUCGCGUGCAUCGGCGGAGUCAUUCAGGGGCCACGGCGUUGUAGGUAUGGUCCCAGGAGGGCCUCGCUACCCACAGCGCGGCGCGUCUGAAGAGUGGGUAAUCACGAGGGAGAGUGGCGAAUUGUAUCUCGGCACUGCAUCCUCACAUGUAUCCGGCACCGCUGGUGGGAAAGCAGACCACUAG